AUGCCAGCAAGCAGUAUUGACUUAUUUCACAUGCAAGACGCCAAAAAUAAUUUUAAUGCCAUGCGACCUGCCCCGAUUUAUAGUGAUCCUACAAACGAGUUGAUGGGUCACUGUCAGAAUGUACAUAUAUCUAGAAACUGCUAUUAUGGAUACCAUGAUGCCAAAACUUCUGAAAGCGCUUACGAAACUACUGACAGCGAGAUGAAGGAAGUACAUCAAGAAACAGCAUCCUUACAGAAAAAUACAAAGAAGCGAUGUGCAGACUAUUGCGCUUACACUCAAAGCAAGCGGCUGCGAAAAGAGGGUAUGGUGCCAACGACAGCCACCCACAACCCAAGUUUACUGCGACCUACUCACAACAAUCCAGAUAUAUCUCGUUGUCUCAUGGUCCACAUGAUUUAA